AUGGUGGAGAAGAAGAAUCUGGAAUUUCGGGACCAUAUUCCGGAGGACAUAUUGUUACAGAUCCUCUUGAGGUUACCAGCUAAAUCUCUAGGCAGGUUCGUUAGCGUAUCCAAGUCAUGGGAAACAAUCAUCCGCGGUCGGGAUUUCAUCAGAUUGUUCUCGUCGCCGUCUCGCUUCCUCUUGGCUUUCAACAGCGAAUUAAAGGGCUAUCAAGAAAACUGGUCUUUCUUCUCCAGAUCAACUCUGGUGUCCCCGUGUGAGGACCCGCCGUGUCCUCCGGGUUUUGUCGCCGCGUCACGGAAGGUCCCUAUUGAGGAGGAGGAAGCACCUGAGUUUCUAACAACCACGGAGUGUCAGUUUAAGAAACUGCGUUACACGAAGCCCAGUUACGUCCACGGGCUAAUCGGUUUCUUAUACGGUGAUGAACAAGUCGUUUGUAAUCCCACCACAGGCAAGUCCGUAACCUUACCCACUGUCACUGUCAAACCCAAUGAAAUGAUCGUGAGGUCCUUUUUAGGAUAUGAUCCAGUCGAUGCCCGGUACAAAGUUUUGUGCUUGACCAAUGUUAACCGGUUUUGUGAACAUCAAGUGUUCACACUUGGAUCUGCUCAGACUCAAACUGGUUCAUGGAGAAUGAUCCAAUGCUCCACUCCUCACUCUGCUUUAGGGAAUAACUCUGUGUGCAUAGGUGGCGUUUUGUAUUACACUGCUUCCACCUCUUUUAACAUGAAGGAACCAUUAUUGGUCGGAUUUGAUUUGAGGUCUGAAACUUUGGAAAUUGCUUCCACGUUUCCCGAGGGGAUUGGUUCUCACAAGUUCCAUGAAGCGAUUUUGAUAAACCACCAUGGGAAAGUGGCUCUUGUCACUCGAGGUCAUGUAUGUAAAGGCUACACUUUCACUCUGUGGGUUUUAGAGGAUGCCAAGAAACGAGAGUGGUCGAAACAAGUCCUGUGUUUUCCAACACAUUGGACUAGUAGAUUCCAUGGCGAUUUGGAAAUGGUGGGGGCUUCUGGUUUGGGAGAGUUUGAGUUUUUAUAUGCACCCAUCAAAUUUGAAGAGCUGUGUGUUUACUUUGUGGAUCACAAAAGCAACCGGAUGAGAAGGGUUCAGCUGCAAGGAAACACCAAGCACAAGUUUAGAGAUUUUCGUCAAGUUUUUACUUUCUUACAUCACGUAGAUAGUCUUAUGUUUACGUAA